CCUCACCAAACCCCUCCCCUCACCUAAGCCGCGCCCCUUCUUCCCGUCGUGCCCUUUUCCGGUGGGUAGGCCACGUGACGCCGUUUUGAACUGUUCAGUUCAGUUUAUUAACUGGGAGACGACUAACGGGCCAGCGGAGCCGGGCGAGCGAGGGGAGUGAGAAGAAGAGGGAGAAGAGGAAGAAGAGGAGGAGAGAGGAGGAGGAAGGAGAGGAGGAGGAGGAAGGAGAGGAGAGUGGCGGUGGCGGCGGCGGCGGCGGCGAUGUCGGCGCGGCGCUGCGAGGUGACGGUGCGCGGCGCCGUGAGCCAGCGGAGCCUUGGCGCCCUGGUCUGGGAGAUCUUCGCUCACGCCCUGUACCAGCGCGGCCAGCUGCCGCUUCCCUACCCGCAGCUGCUGCACUUCCACAGCCACCUGGCAGAGGUGCCCCCCAGGUUAAGGCAAGAAGCACGCAUGCUGACGGCCCUGCACGAGCUGAGCGGCCACCUGGAGACGCUCUUCUCCCUGUCGCACGUGCCCCGGGUCCUCAUCCUGCUAGGGCCGAGCCCCAUGUCGCCGCUUGAGCUCUACGAGCUGGACUUCCACGAGCUGGCGCUGGGAGGCAGCGGCGAUUCACUGUGCCACGCUCGCUACAGCCGCCACGUGUUUCACUCGCUCUUCGUGCAGAAUGUGUUUGGCGAGCCGCGCGCUCUGCCUGUCACCUCGGCCACACUGCUGCUGUGGGCGCACAGGGACUGCGGCGUCGACUGGUUCAAGCCCAAGCUCAACUACAAGCCGCCCAACCGCGGGAGGAGGGUCGUCGUCGCGUUUAGCAACAGCCUGGAGGAGCCGCUGGGCACGGCCCUCGGCCAGCCAUGCGAGGACGACUGCGUGUGGUUCCAGGCCCCUGUGGCCAUCAAGGGCGUCCUGGACAGUGGGUCAGGCCAGGGUUAGAGGGGCUGAUGGACGGGACCAGCUAGGCCAAAAUUCUAGGGAUGCUGCAAAUUUUAAUAUGACUUAUUUCAAUAUUAUAUCUGAAUCUCCUUCCUUACGGUCAAUCAAGGCCCAACUAUUAAAGAUUCUGCCGUAAACGUAUUCAUCCAUUAAAUUGCCUAGUCUCACGUUUAUAUUUGGGGCAGU